ACGUUUGGACUGACCGCCCCGCUAUGUCUUUUACUUGGUGGAAAUCACGAUUUAGAACACGCCUUGGUUAGAGUAUCAGACGAACCGCGCUGGAAUAAACUGUGAUAAUGGGAUUAGUGCAGAUUACUUUGUUUAUUUCUUUAAUCCUGACUUUAAUUAGCACAGGUUUGUGCAUAAAAUGUUAUACCUGUUCUUCAAUUCGUGAUAAUCGAUGUGGGGAUAAUUUCCUAGUGCCCAAUACAGAAGCUAGGGAUUGUGAUGGAACCUGUUACAGAUAUAGAGGAGAGCGUUGGGAGGGGUCUGUUCGUAUAGUGGAAGUAUCGCGUGGUUGUCGUCAACUAUCAGAAGAAUACUGUGAAGAUACUCGUUAUAACGGUAUUAACGUCAAAGCUUGUUAUUGUAAUGAUAAUUAUUGUAAUUCAGGGGAAGUAAUCAAAUCCUCGGUAAUCAUCGUUCCAUUGUUGUCUGUAUUAUAUUUACUGUAUUAGCGGACCUUAGAUAUUGUCAUAGUGGGUCAUCAACAGUCCCUUACCAGUUGGAUCUAUUUUUAUACCUGUCUCAACUUUUAGAACUUUUUUCUAACAUUGCUUUUUAAUUAGAAGCUUUUCUAAUAGUGACGUGAGAAACUCUAAGUUUUAAUGGAAUCGAUGCUAUUAAGUGCCCAGAUACACGUAAAAAGUUUAUAAAACCGUUAAACAUGUUUAGCCUAUUAAGUAGUUGAAAAUAAACUAACAUGACACCAUGAUACGGAUGACAAAUACAUUAAAACAAUGAUGCUUUUGAUUUUAUACUGAGCAAAUAAUACCACUGUUGAAAUAUUGGUGAAAUAUCUAGUUAUUAAAGUAAUUCUUCUCUGUAUUAUUGUGUCAAAUUAAUGAAAUAUCAGCUAGAAUUGUGAAUACCUGACAGUGUUUUCUCAACAUAUGUAUCUUUUUUUAAAUUGUAGAUUUUUAUGUAGAUAGAACCUAAUAUUUUGUUAUAUUUUUGAAAUAAAAAUUUAACCUG